UGGGAUGAUCAGAGGACAGACCGUAGUUUCUGCACUGGGAACAGGGAAAUAAGUUGUCAGACAGGCUCUCACUUCACAUCCAGGCUGCCAGCAAGUUAGGUGACAGUCGGGCAAGAGUUCAGACCUCAACCUACAUGGGAAAUUAAAGUUAUGAAGGUCGCUAGUUCGUGUAAAUAGUCGCUACGGUUAGUUAGUUAGUUACGGCGUUAGAUCUAGGCUACUACUAGUGUUCAGAUAUCAGAUAAAACUUGGACCAAAACGGGGCGAAAAGAAAGUGGAUAAACUCGAUAACCAAGGUUUAGCCACAGCCUGCUUCUAGCCUUCAACCCCUAUUUCAGUCGGGCUUGGGUUACCUGUCUUCCUCGCCAUGCCUUUCCCUUUUGGCAAAUCUCAGAAAAGUCCAGCUGAAACCGUGAGGACUUUAAAGGACAAUGUUGCCCACUUAGAAAAGCUGGACAGUGGAGACUCAAAAAAGUCUGAAAAGGUUGUAGAGGAUAUUUCGAAAAACCUUGCCUCACUAAAAGAGGUGCUCUGUGGAACUGGCGACAAGGAGCCCCAAACUGAAGCCGUAGCCCAACUUGCCCAGGAAUUAUACAACACCAAUCUACUCAUAUCUCUCAUUGAAAACCUCCAUAGGAUUGAUUUUGAGGGGAAGAAGGAUGUGGUACAUUUGUUCAGUAACAUUGUAAGACGGCAGAUUGGCACCCGCACACCCACGAUAGAAUACAUCUCUUCACAUACACAGAUCCUGUUCAUGCUUUUAAAUGGCUACGACAGUCCAGAGGUGGCCCUGAACUGCGGGAUGAUGCUGAGGGAGUGUCUGCGUCAUGAACCUUUGGCCAAAACUGUGCUUCUGUCCGAGGAGUUUUAUAACUUCUUCAGAUACGUCGAACUCUCCACCUUCGACAUUGCAUCAGAUGCUUUCGCCUCCUUUAAGGAUCUCCUCACAAGACACAAAAUCAUGUGUGCAGAUUUCCUGGAGAACAACUAUGACAGGGUGUUUACAGAGUACGAAAAGCUCCUCCAUUCAGACAACUACGUGACCAAACGCCAGUCUUUAAAGCUUCUCGGGGAACUCCUCCUCGACAGACACAACUUCACUGUGAUGACGAAGUACAUCAGCCGAGCAGAAAACCUGAAGCUCAUGAUGAACCUGCUCCGAGACAACAGCCGAAACAUCCAGUUUGAAGCAUUCCACGUUUUUAAGGUUUUUGUGGCAAACCCGAACAAGACCCAGCCCGUAAUGGACAUCCUGCUGAAGAACCAGGCCAAACUGGUGGAGUUCCUAAGUCACUUCCAGACGGAUCGCUCCGAGGACGAGCAGUUCUGUGACGAGAAGAACUACCUGAUCAAACAGAUCCAGUACCUGAAGAAAGCCCCCACCCCAGAGGAUACCCCAGGAUCUUAGUGCCCUUUGGGUCAUAGUGUCCUCUGGGAAAAACAACGUCAACAUGGUAUAAAGGACUUCAGAAUGUUAUCUUGGUUUGAGAAGUUAGGAUUAGUAGAUAUAAUUACAUAAUUAUUUUACUUAAAUUUUUUGGUAUAUAUUUGUGAUCAGUGACUUCAUUUCUCUCAUUUUAAACGUGUGUGUCUGCCAGAGGGAUGGAAUUUGAAAUAAGAACAAAGAAAAGCCAUAUCAUAUAUCGCAAAAUUUUCCAAUAUCAUGCAGCCCUAAUUCAGAUUUCUCCACUUCUUUAUACAGUCUAUAAAAGAAACCUAUUUACAGCUGAUUGGGUCAAAACAUUAUUCACUUUAACCAAACCAAGAUUAUUCUUAAGUCCUUUUAUCUCAUGUAGAUUUUCUGUUUUUGCUACCAGGUUUUAGAGUGGUGGUUUUCGCUGCGUACAGAGUUUAAAAGACACGCUUUAAUAUUGUUGUUGUUAUUAUUAUUAUUAUUGAAUAUUAUAUUAACUAUAGGAAAAGCCUUACUUCCUUUUGCUUGUGUUUUAGCUUGGAUGUGGAGGUUAAUUUCCAUCCGGCAACUUGAGUGGGCCAAGAACUCUUUAAUUUCAAAGCAUUCUUAAACCGUAGAAUAUUUAAAAAAUACCUUUGUCCAGUUAAAGGUGCACUAUAUUAUUUCUAAGGUGGAGGUGGACUUUCUUGUCUCCAUGGAGAUGUUAUUUAUUUGCCUGGAAUGUACCACACUAUGUCAUUAAACAUCCCUCUUGCGUUUGUUCAAAUACAGGUGUUUUAUAGCACAAAAGUACCUUGAACUCGUACCACGUACAGGCUCACUUCUUCACAGAUCUGACCAUUAACCUGUCUCCAUUGUGAUUACCACGUUUAUAUCCAUACUGAGCAAUAAUCAAGGCAAAACGGUAAUAUCUCCAUGGAGACAAGCAGGUGAUGGAUCCUCCACCAGAAAAGUUGCGCAGUGCACCUUUAAUAUGGGGCAUCAAACUGUUACUUUCUCAUUCACAGCCAAUAUAAUGAUGUUCUUAAAGGCCUGAUUCUGCUAUGUUUUAAAAUUUAGCGGUGAUAGAACAGAUGUUAUUUUUCUAAUGUAUCUAUUUGGUAAACUGUUGAAAAGGUGUAGUUUCUUUCCGCACAUUGCUUAUAGUGUAACAUAAGUAUAUAGACUAGGUUUGGUGUAUUUUGCCUUUUUUUGAUAGUUCUCUUUGUUGUACAGGGACAUUGUUGAUCUAUACAGACGAGAUGAGCGCAGAGUCAGAGGGUCAGCAGCACAAGGCAAUAAGAAAGAUCAUUUUGUUUCUAUGUUUUAUUUUUAUUUUAUUAUUAUGAUUUUUAAGGUGUACAGUUGAGUUUGGUAUGGCAAAUUCACAUCACAAAUUCAUCAAUAGAAAGUACCCACGAGUUUCAGAAUGACUUAAAAAUUAGCACCGUUACCAUAGUUUUUAACAAAACCAAAAAAUGUAUUCUAUAUUUUGAAAAGUGCUCAAAAUGGCGUCCAUAAACAAGAGGCUCAACCCAAUGAAAACAAUUUCUUAUUUAUAGCAUCCAUUUUUCCUUCAUGUUUUCCUUUUAACUUCAGUUUUACCAUAUUGAAACAUUCACAUACUCAGUUAUUAGCUAGUGAUUUUUAUGCCAGAUGCUCUUCCAUCUGCAACACUACGAGACCAGCUUGUGAUUUCUUCUUGUGGUUAUUUUCUCAAUGUUAGCAUUUUUGACUGUUUUGUGAAUCUUUUGACCAUGUAAACUCUUGGGCUGAACAAUUUGGAGCAAAUAUGUCAUUUAAAUUUCUUUCUGACAAGUAAUGACAUUGCAAUUAGAUAAGAUUUAUUUUCUGUUCAGUUCACAUGCAUGUUUUACACACAUCUGGAAACACUCAGACUAAAAUAUGAACUAUGAAAUAUGAACCAAAUAAUACAGGAAUCCCAUGCAUUUCAGAACAUGUUUGUAGAAGUCUGAACUACAGGCUUAGCAGGUUUUAUAGUAUAUGAUCACACCGCAUUGUCCAAAUUAAUAUUAAGUUUAGGGAUGCACCUAUACAGCUUUUUCUGUUCCGAUACCUGUGAUACUUUGGCUUUAAAUAUUUGCUGAUUAUUAUCCGGUGCACUAGAAAAAAAAAAUCCAAAUUUGUUUUGUAAUUGUUAUUUAUUAUUUAAAGUAACUACAAAUUUGGCUUUGAAAAACACAAGCUUAAUAUUAUGAGACAUUUUGGGUCAUUUUAGACCAACAUGGAAUAUUGACUGAACCGAUAUCUUGGAACCGAUAACCAAUCCAUGAAAUUUUUCAGUAUUGUCGAUAUUAGUGGAGUUUGCGGGGGGCAUUGUUUUGCUUGUUCAAACCAUUCCAAUUGCAAAGUAUACCUCUCAUGUACUUUUGCCAUACUAAAUUGAACCGUACCAUAGGAUUUGGUUCAAACAGUUGGUUGUUUUUAGCCGAUAGUUUACAGAGCAUGUUUUUGAGGUCAAAUAUCUCCCCACUGUGCUGUCCUCACUGGUCCAUUAGCGGAAACAGGAGGCGAAAAUCAAAACCAGGGACGAAUCAAUGUUUUGUGGAGGGGUAUUUUAUUUUGGUGAGGCAUACAGGGUCGAAAUAGAAACUAACAACGCAUAGAGCUUGAGGUAUCGUCCAUGGCAACAAGAAAAAGACCACAAUGACUGACUUUAGUAUGUAGUUAUUGAUUUGACUAGCUGGGUAAAAUGUCUUAAAGGUGCAUUGUGCAACUUUUCUGGACUAGGGGCCAUCACCUGCUUGUCUCCAUGGAGAUGUUAUUGCUUUACCUGGUAUGUUCCAUGGCAUGACAUUAAACAUAUCUAUCUAGCAUUUAUUCAUUGUGGGUGUUCCUAUUGCUCAAAAUUACAAUAAUUCUCUCUGUGAAUAAGGGUGCCUCUCCACAGAUGUGACCUGUAAAGUAGCCUAUAGUUGUCUCCCUUGAGAUAGAUAGAUUUAAUCUCUACUGUGCAGCGUUCUUGCCAAUGCAACAUCUCAACAAAGACAAGCAGGUGACGGACUCUCCACCAGAAAAGUUGCACAACGUACCUUUAAUUGUGAAAAAUGCUGGGUUUAUAUAAAUCGCUCAUAAAUUUAAAAUUUAAGACAAAGUAUCCUAACUGGAAAUAACCAAACAACAUAGCCCUUUACCAAGGCAUCACGUAGUUAUUAAUGCCUUUAAGUGGAACUAAAUAGCCAUGUUACAUAGUGGAACUAAAGUGCACUAUGUAACUUUUCUGUGACCUGCUUGUCUCCAUGGAGAUGUUCUUGCUCUGUCUGGAAUGUUCCACAGUAUUGCAUUCCAUGGAGACAAGCAGCUGAUGCCACCACCAGUUGCAAAUUAGAUCCGCGGAGUGGCAGUACCUCUCACAGUAAAAACACAUAUUUUUUAAAAGUAUUUUCUGCAAUAAGAACACCUGUGAUUUAUUAAAUACAAGAGAGAUAUGUUUAAUGCCACACUGUAAGUUACAUAGUGCAUCUUUAAAUGAGAGGAAACAAACUAGAAUGUGACCCAGGACUAAACUAAUCUAGGUACAAGGACUGGGGCAAAAGCUAAAUCAAUAAUGGUGUUUGUUCAAUAAUAACAAAUCCAAAAUGGUUUCUUAAAUUACUAUAAAAGUGUAUGUUACAUAGAAGUAGUUUGCAUGUCAUAGUUAAUGUGUUGGCUGCUUUUAGUCUAUUUUCUUUAUGAAUACUGCCCCAACUCUAAACGUGAACAAGCACUUCAUUGCAGCCAAAUAGUGGGGGAAUCAUCUUUGUAACAUAGACUUGAGUAAUAAUCUAAGAACAAUUUCAAGUGUUUUCUGUUUAAUAUCCCACAUAUUUGUUUAGUUUCUUGAAUUUUGCUCCAGUCAAACCUCAGAAAUUUAAACAAAGUUGGUAGCUAUUUUUAAUAUAAUGAUUAAUAUGAUGAGCUGUAUUAAUUACUUAAAUUUGAGAAUGUUUAUUUGACCAGCAACAAGGAAUUUUUGUUUGAGAAGAAAGAUUUGCUGAAUAGAUUUGAAUGGCGAGAAUAGACGGAGAGUGAAUGAAAUGUAGUCCUUACUAACAUUUGCUAUAACGUGUAUGAGAUCAUCUUAAAGUGGUAUGCCUGACGAUUUAGUUUUUUUUCUUUUAUUUUACCUUUGGUUGUGCUGAGUACAAAUGUUCGCUUACAGAAUUGGAAUCUCAAACUUUAUGCUGUGUAGCUUUAAAAAUCUAUUUGGAUUGUUGCCUUAUUUAAGCCUGCUGCUGCUGCCCCUAUAAUGGCAUUUUGGAGAUUGGAGCAAUGCCUGUGCGCACAGUUCUUUAGAAUAUACCUCAUGGGUUUUGUGUUUGCAAAUGCUAAUUUUUCGUCUUUACUUUCCUCUUAAAUAACUGAUCAGGUUUAUAACAGUAUGAUUACGUGCAGCCUGUUUUGGCUUGCGAGAUUUUGUUUUUGUUUAGUCCUCAAAGUAAAUGUAAGAAAGGUAAGAAGAAGUGAUUAGGAUCUGAGCGAGUUUGAUAAAGUAAGAUGGUUCAAAGCAUCUCCAAAACUGCAGCUAUGAUUGAGUGUUUAGACCUGGCUUAGUCCUGAGCUAGACCUGGGCUGGACCUGAUUGAGUAUAGCUCAUGUGCACACCAAAAAUCUGAUCAUUAUUAUUAUUGAUUGCAAUGCAGAAUAUUGACAUUUCACAUAAAUAGUUCAGUUUGAUUUGUUGCAAGUAAUCUCAUUUUUUUGGGGAUUUUUCACACCUUUUCCACACACGGCUUUGACAAGAAAAAUUAUGCAAAAAAUAGCAACCUAAUGUGACAAGAUAAAAUGAAAGGGAAACUACUAAAGCUAAAUUGAAAGACUUAUUUUAAAAUUAAUUUAACUUUUUCUUCCAAAUACAACAGUUACGCAAAAAAAGUAACUGAUUUCUCUAAGCACACAAAAAAUAUCUAAUAACUGGGAUAUCUGAUUAUUGUAGUUAUCUGACUUUUCCUGGCCAUGUUACCCACUGUCUAUUGGAGGUGCUUUAGUCCUGGUUUAGUUCUGAGUUAGACCUAGUUUAGUCCUGGUUUAGUCCUGGUUUAGUGCAGGUCUUUUGGGGUGUUCUAGUCUGAUGUAGCGAUCAAAGAAAGGAUACAGUGAUAGGUGAUUUAAGUAUGGAAAGAAGGCUGGCCCAGAAUAUACAGUGUGCUUAAAUCAUAUUGUUAAACCUGAUUAGUGUAUUUAUUAGAAUUUUAAAUACACAUUGAUUUGUAUGCAUGCCUAAACUUGACAUAUAUAUUUGUUCAAACUUGAACAGGGACUGCGACCUGGUUUUCCCGAUGGAAAGCCAGUUUUUAACCCUUAAAAGCUCUAUCGUGUGGUGCCAUUUCAAAUGCUAAUUCAUAUGGACUUGCAGCACGGUGCCUUACGAUGGAGGACAUGCCUUAUUUAAAUACAUUUGGUAGAUUGUAAAGAUCAUUUCAAAUUGCAGACUUCUUGAUUAGUUUUUUAACCAAAGUUAAUACAAGAAAUUGGUGAAAAAAAUUUAUUCCAAGUGCUUUAAUGUACCUUUUCGUACAAUAUUUCGGACUGACGAGGGAUAAACUCAAAUGUGUUUUCUUAUUCAUGAUGGAGUGACUGAUAUUAUUUUAAUUUUUACACAUUUUAGUCAAUGUGACAGACAGCAACACAUUUCAUUCAAUAUAUACCAAUACAUAAUUAGUUAAAAGGCCCAUAUUACUCUAUUUUCUGAUCAAUGUUUUAAUGUUGCUUCCUCGUCACAAACAGACCUGGAGUUGUGUUUUGUUUCAUUCACGCAUGUUUACCAAAAUCUGCAGAUUUAAGAUGUGUUCUUCUCUCAAUUAGGAAACACUACAGGCAGAGCUCCACUGUGUUUUUCAACUCAAUACCCCUUCACCAGAAUCAUUUCCAAUCAAAGGUAGCUGUUUACCUGAAAACUACCGCCUCAUGACAUCACAAGGUGGAGCAGAGCAUUUUGAUCUUUGGGGAUGUAGACAGACAAAUAAUAAAGGAGUACUCAAACAUGUCUGAAUGAAACAAAGCGGAACUCUGAGUAUGUUUUUGUGGAGAUAACAUUACAACAUGGCUAAAACCUCACAAAAGUGUAAUAUAGGACCUGUGAAAAAGCCAUAACAUUAUAUUUAGGGCUACAUAUUUUUCACUGGAACCCUGGUCAGUCAACAUUUACGCUCACAAAAUGUAUGUUCAAGUUAUACAAAUAAUCUAAAAUAUUGCUUGGUUUUGUUGUUAAACUGUUUAACAAAAAGGUUAAUAUAUUUUUAAAAUCCGUGAAAUUAUUAACAGUGCUGUGAAUGCGGUACAAUAUAGGAGCCAGUAGUCCUGCAAAGCCUCUGCUAACAGUCUGUGGACUUUUCCUCAAGAAGCCACAUUUUUAAAGUUCUCUAUUUUUGCAUAUUUUGGUUUAAUUGUCAACUACUCCAGCUAUGGAAGAGUUGCAAUGCACCCAAACACCUACCAGAGGGCGCUGCUGACACUACUGGCUCCUGGUUACCAGUACAAAAAGCAUUUCAUGUCUAAACCCUACCUCUAACUCAUGAUCACUGGUUAACAUUUUAAAAUUUUACAUUUACAUAGCCGUGUUUCCAUUUUAUUCCUGUUGCCUUUGUUUUUUUUCUUCCUUUUUUUCCAAAUUUUAUGGAUGUUUUCUUUUUAUUUACUGGGAGCAAAUCUAUGUACAUAACUUUAUAAAUAUUAAAGUGUGAGCCUUCAUAAGAAUAAAACUUUACGCAAAUGUCUUAA